AUGAGUUUAACAUCUAAACGACAAUUACCAAAUCUUAAUAAUGAAAAAAUUCGACAAGUAAAUGCAGCAUUAAUUAAUGCAGAAAAUGAUAUACGAAAUGCUCAACAAAAUUUUAAAUCAUUUAAACAAACAAGAUUUUUAGUAGAUACAUUGAGAAAUAAUGAUAGACUAUCAACAGUACAAAAAAAUACAGAUCAUGCUAAUGGACAUUCAACAUUUACAAAUGAUCAGGGAAAAGUGAGAUAUGAUCUUACAAAAACAAUAACAAAAGCACAAUUAGAUACAAAUGAUAAAAUACUUCCAUCGAAACCUGAUUCACUUAUAGAAAAGGUUGUUCAAUCACGUUUUGAUCGUCGUUUAUUAGACAUUGAACGUGAAUUAAAACGAAAUAGAGAAGGACAACAGCAACACAAAUCAAUCGUAUAUAAUAAUAAUGAUGAUAAAACUUCAUCAUAUGAAUAUCAAUCAGGAGAAAGUCCAAUGAAAAAAAUUUUAUUAACACAACAAGUAUAAGGCAAUCAUGUUCAUCUUGAAAAUGAAUAUUUAAUUCAACAACAAAGUAAACUUUCAAAAUCAACAACAUUGAAUGAAAUGCUUUAUUUUAAAAAUGAACUUGCUAAAAAUGAACGACAACGUGAACAAUUAUCUGAUCAAGUCGAAUCAUUAAUGAAAACAUGUGAUCAGAAAGAGAAGAUUAUAUCAAAAACUUUAGUAGAAUUAAAAGAAGUAACAGAAAAUUGUGAUACAUUUGAACGACAAAAUUUUAAAUUACAACAAGAUUUAACAUUAGCAUUAGAAAGAUUAGAAGAAAUGACCGAUCAAGCUGAACGAUUUGCACAAGAAUCAUUAAAUUCUCAAAAACAAUUAGCAGAUUCAGAACAAAAACGAGAAGAAUUUCAAAUACAAGCACAAGAAACAAUUAAACAAUGGAAAGCUCGUACACAAAAACUUGAUAAAGAUAUUGAACGUUAUAAACUUGAUUCAACACAUAUGUCAGAAAAAAAUGAACAAUUAAUUAAAGAAAUCGAUAGUUAUAAAUUACAAAAUUUAACAUUAAAAGAACAAAUUAUGAAAAUUGAAACUGAUUUAAAUGAUUCAAAUAUAAAUUAUAAUCGAUUAGAAGAACAAUUUAAACGAAAUGAUACUGAUUUUCAAGCAAUUUGUUUAUCUCAAAAAGGAGAAAUUGCAACAUUAAAAAAAUCAGUAAAUGAGCUUUCAAGUCAAAUAUCGAUUCAACGACAACGUCUUAUUCAAAUUGAUAAAGACAAACACGAGCUUCAACAAUUAUUACAAGAAGAAAUGCAUCAACGAAAUAAUUCUGAAUCAAAAUUAAAACAAUAUGAACAAGAUAUAGAAAAAAUAAAUUUAUCUCGUUCACAAUUACAACAACAAAUUCAUGAACUUGACAAAGAACGAAAAGAUUUAUUACUAAAACUCAAAGAAAUUCAAUUUGAAAAAGAAUCAUUAUUAAAAGAAAAAACUAGAUUACUCGCAAUUGAAAAUGAAUAUCACGAAAUAAAAGUACAAUUAUCGGACGAAAGAACUCGAAUUAUGACUUUACAAAGAUAUGAAAUAGAACAUAAAAAAGAAAUUGAAAGACUUCAAGAUAAAUCAGCAAAAUAUGAAGAUGAAUCAAUUCAAGGACAACAUACAAUUGAAACAUUAUCAAGAGAUAUUCAUGAUAAAUCACGAUCGGUCACUGAGUUAGAAUCCAAAAUUAAUAAAUUGACUGUUGAAUUAACAAAUCAAAGAAAUGAAAAUCUAAAAAAAGAUGAUCAUUAUCAAAAUUCUCUUCAAAGUGUUUACAAUGAGAUUGUCUAUUGUACAAAAUGUUUAUCACAUGAUUCUACUCAACCAUUUAUUAUUGAACAUGCAAUAAUUCCUCGUGAUAAUAUUGACAUUUGGUUAAGUAAACUUAAAGCUCAUCUUGCUUGGUUUAAACAAGAAUUAGAAAUUCAUCGAGAACAAGAAAAUAAACUUCGUCAAGAUCUAAAUACUACAUUACAUGAUUGUGAAUCAGAUCGAACAUAUUUUGCAUCUGAAUUAGCUAAACGAGAAGCUAUUAUUAAUAAAAUAACAAAUAAUCAUCAAGAUUUUCAACAACAUAUUUUUGAUACAACAAAUGAAUAUACACAGUUUGGUAUUCAACUUGACUAUAAUAAACAUCGUUUAUUAACUGAAGAUCAAAGAGGUCAUAUUGAUGAUCGCUAUCGACAGUUUCAAAUAAUGAUUGAUUCUGUUAAGCAAGAAUUACAAACAGCAAAAGUACAACUAUCAGCUUAA